CUUUGGCAGAAGUUCUUCUCGAACUCAAUCGCCUGAAUCACCUACGAGUCAGCUGCCCUGCGUGGUGUCUGAACCGGAGGAAUUCGUUGGUACUAGAAAUACAACUAUUUUAGAUAUGUCGAUGCCGGACGGUCUAUAGUGCCAACCGCUCUCAUACUAGGGGGGCCGCCCUGUUUUGGCCCUAGGUCAUGGCCAUGCAGGUGACGCGUGCCGCGCCGUACUGCGGAAAGGGGGCGCCCGUCGCGAGCACCCGCCGGCCCGGUCGCAAUCGGCGGCAAAACAACCCCGGACACACGUGGCGCCGCCCAUCGGCGGCGCCUGUCGUCGUGUGUGGCAGCCACCUCGCUUGGGCUCCAAGCAAGCCGCACCGGGCACGGCGUCAGCCUGGUGGACUCGGGGGGGCUAGUGUGACACACCGGCGCGGGCCAUCAACUUGAUGCGGAUGUUUUGACGGAAGCACGCCGCGGGCAACCAAGACAGCGAGCACCACUGCCGCCUGGGGGAGUCAGCCAGCCGCCACACGCGCCGAAAUUAUGCAAAUGAGGAACCCGCCACCUGUGUGAGUUUGGUAAGCAGAAAAGCGCCACCACCUCGCGAAGGGGUGGCGCUUGGUCGACCGCGUGAAGGCGGGCAUGACUCUAAGGCGCCGCAGCCGGUUGGAGGCUUUUCUGUUUUGUCACGCCUUGCCCCGAAAGAGUGAGCGGAGAGCAAACGCGCCCGGGCUCCGCUAGCCCGAUGGGGAAAGAAGGCCGCUAUGCUGCUCCGGUGCAAGUGAAGCCUCGCGCUCGAUUUCGAAACUGAUGCGAAGCUGUUCAGGAUUUGGCGAGAUAUUUUUCCCGCUUUCCCGCGGUAACAUUUCCGCGAGUCGCGUCUAGACAGAUAUCGAGCGGCGCCCCUCUUGCAGUAACUGGCUGGCGCGAACUUAUCGCGACCGCCGGGGCGUUAGGCUGGGGGCCCGCCUGUGUGGGGCAAGAAACCACACCGCCCACCGCAUGAAUUUCGGCGCAACGCUGACGAGAGCACGAACACCGUCCCAAGGUGUGGCGCUUCUCUGUCUUCGCUUUGACGCAGCGCCUUGGUUUCUGGGGUUGCGAUUGCGGCUGGCACUGGUACACGGCGGGGCCGGCGGAGCUGCGCGCGCUCCGUGGUCUUAAGCGUCACGGUUUAGGGCCCCCCGCUGGCGUCGGUCUAGUAUUGAAUCACGAGGCGCAUCCAAGCCGGGCCGGAAGGGUGGCGCCAGCCGUACGACGACACCGCCCGCGGCCGUCGUUGCUUUCCCCCAAGCUCCGACCCGCCUCCAAUAUCUGUAGUUAUGUUAAUGUAUAUGCGGGGUCCGGAGCAUGCUCAUAAAAGUGGGACUAUCGUCAUGAAAGUCCGUCAGCCUCUCACUCUGUAUCAAAAAAUCAAACGAAGGCGUCGGGCUUGGCUUGGUCUAUCUAAGCACCAUGCUCCGCGCCAUCAUUGCAUUAUCCAUCUUGACUAUUUCCAUGUUUUCUUACAGGCACCAGCACAUUGGUUCCUCCUGUGUUGUUUCGGCCCGACGAAAUUGCAUCAAGGAUCGGCGACAAAGAG